AUGAAAAUCGAACCGCCCGAAGAAAAACCUCCACGGCUUGAAAUCCCUGACGAAUCGCCGGGCCCGUCUCAAAUGCCUCCACCACCCGAAACGAAGAAGCCCAAUUCCGGAAAGAAUAAGGAUCCGCUACCCCCGGAAUUUCCCCUGCGCCAGAAUCCGAAGCGCAAAAACAAGGGGGUAAAAGUCAUCAAGCCCUUCACGCCAACGAGCCGAGAGCUAACGAUUACCGAGAAGAUUGAGCUUAAGCUUAAAGUCGAAAGACAGAGCAAAACGCAUUAUCGUCGACGCAGACACGACUACAACGAAAAGAAGACCUGGAGGUACAAAUUGAGAUGCGAAGAGCCCGGUUUCGUCCCGCCCGCAUCAACAUCAAAACAGAGUAAAGGGAUCAGGAUAGCCAAGCCAGAGGCCCCGUCGACUUCGGUGGCAGACCACGAAAAAAUUGCGCGGGAUCGCGCUCUCCGCGCAUAUCGGGUGCAGUGGCCACCGCGGAAGAAGAGCGAUAAAAAUCGAUCUAUGGCACGUCGCCAGUCACCGGCGGAAACGGCCGACGAUUUCGUGAUGUGGGCCAACCCUGCUGAAGAUGAGGAGGAGUGUGUCUACGAUGGAGAAGCUGGAAUUACGGAAAUGAAACCGCCAAAGCAUGAGAAUGCCACGGGAAUCCAGAAGAAUGCACUUCCGGUAGAAUCCUAUAAUGGUGUUGAUGAAUAUUACAUCACCACUCGCUCCGUCUCCAGCAACCCGAUGGUGCCGUCCGGGGAUGUGCUACAGAUGGUGGCCGAGCGGCUCACCGGGCCCGAUCGCCUCAGCCUCGCCUCUACCACCCAGAAGAACUACGACCUGCUGCGCCAGUGGAGCGACGUGACGUCGCUGCUGCUCGACACGGACGAGGCCCACGUCGCCGGCAAGAUCUUCACCGGACGGCUGGAAAAGGCGAAAAGCCCCUCCGAAUCGGCCACUUUUCUCGAACAGAUCGCCGCGUUGUGCCCCAGCAUCCACAAGAUCUCCAUCCAGCAUCAACUCGGUCAGGCAGAGAUCAACGCCCUCGUGCCGUACGCCCCCUACCUGCGCCAGCUCGACCUGUCCUCCGACAACUUUCUCGUAACUGCUCGGGGAUGGCGAACGCCCGUGUUCAAUACCACAUUCCCGAAGCUGAAGACGCUCGGCAUUCUGAAGCGCAUCGACGAGGGCAAGCUGCUGUUGAAGCGCCAGAUGACGCUGCAAAGUGCCGAGGAGCUGUUCUCGCCCUCUUUGGAAGAGUUGCGCCUGACCGGGAUCGCCCUCCGCUCCGAAGUCCUCACGAAAAUCGGCACGCUGACCAACCUGCGCGUCUUGCACCUCUCCGGCUGCAUCGUCGACACCGUCAGCGCCCUUCUUAUUGUCAAUUUCGAUAAACUGACGCACCUGACCGAGCUCUCGCUGCCCGCCUCGCUCUUCUCGAUCCAUCGCCCGCCACCACCCGCCACCAAGAAGAUCGAGCCGCUGCCGUUCACCCUGAAGCAGUUGACCAACUUGCAAACGCUGGAUUUGCACUGUGAGAUGAUGGACAACGACUUUUUCAAGCGUUGCAUCGAGGAGUUUUUCCCGAAGAAUCUCGUGCUCCUCCGCCUCAACGGCUUCACCUGCCGGCUGCCCGACCCGAAGAAGCUCGACGUGGCCUACAAAUUUCAGAUCCAAUUUGUGCGCCCCGAUGUCAUCAAGAUGAAGGCGUUCAAGGGCUCCAACGACAACUGCAAGCUGAUCUCCGAGAUGUACUGGUGCGACCCGUACCGCCCUAUCGCGAUCCCGACACCGGAGCGCUGGGCGACGCAAGUGCCCGAAGCGACCAAGCCGGUCCCGGAAAAUCAGCUGGCCUUUGUCGAGAAGUCUUUGAUGCUGGACGCCCAGCCGUCUUCGCAGGAGGGCGUGUCGGCCAUCUCGAGCACGACGGCUCAGCACGGAUCCCCUGCUCGUCGUGAUGGACUUGAGCCGCCUGACGACAACGCGUUCCUGAACCUACUCGACAUGCUGCAGCUCGGCCCCAACUUUGAGGACUUUGGCGCCCCUCCGGCUCCGCUGGCGCUCCCGGCCCCGCCGCCUCCUCCGCCCCAGCCGCCGAGGCCUGUGGCCAGGCCCAUCUCGCCUCCGAUGCGUACGGCUCGCCAGCGGUCGGUGUCGACCAUCAGAACGGCAUCUUCUGGCGCCACCACGAUUCCCAGCUCGUCGACCACCCGCGGCAGCACGGCGUCGACCAAUUCUCGUGACGCGUCGAGGCCUCGUAGGCGCCGCUCCACCUCCGUACCACCGCGUCCGGCGUCUGCCGCCACCUCGGCUUCCGCCGGUUCGACGCCCCACCAUAGUGCCCGCUCGGCCACCAGGACCGCCACGGCUUCAUCGGCAGCUGGUUCCGCUUCGACGGCGACUGCUGGCUCACGCGCUGCCCAGCCCUCAUCUACCUCGACGGCCACCCGCAGAUCGCGUGCCUCCAACUCGUCGUCGGCAUCCACCGCCACCAGGACUGGCAGGCGCCGUCGUCGUGGCAGCACGGCCAGCACCCCGCCGCCCGAGCAC